AUGUCACGCUUCCUAAAAUAUUUCCUCACUCCCUCUUGGGACAUACUUCUGUCCCUUGCGAAGGCCGUAGCGAAUACUACAGCCGCCUUAGUACUAAAGGCGAAGAACGUGGCUGCACAAUGCAGGGAUGAACAGCCUCUGCAAAAUACGAUCAUCGCGGCCGCUACUCACUGCGCCUUGGCGACCAGUCAACUCGUCGCCUGUGCUAAGGUUGUCGCCCCGACCCUCCACAAUCCAGCGUGCAGGGAACAGCUGACGAGCGCAGCCCGACUGGUUGCACAAGCAGUCGAGCGAUUGGUUGGAGCGUGCCAACACGCGCCGGAAAGUGCUGGGCCGGGAGUGGAACACUUGACUCUCGCAGCCCAGAGGGUUACGGAUGAGCUGGAACGACUGUUGGCGCAUUGUGAUCUUGAUCGUCGUGGUCAAGCAACAGUGAUAGAGCAAUCCGUGGAAAGUGUUUUAACAGCGAGCGAAAGGCUUGGAUCAGCUGGAGAACCGGCAGAGAUGCUGCGAAGAGCUAGAGUAUUGGGACAGGCUACAGCUCGGCUUAUCGCUGAUAUUAAGACCGAAGCGGAGAAACAGCCUUCGGAGAGUCAAGGCAAGCUGCUGGCUGCUGCUAAGCUCUUGGCAGAUGCCACAGCGAGGAUGGUGGAAGCAGCCAGGCAAUGCGCUUCAGAACCGCAGGAUCGCGACAAGCAAGAGGCUCUACUCCGUGCGGCUGAAGAGUUGAGGUUCAUAACGGCUGAUUACGCGCAGGGGCAGGACAUAGUGAGCUCACAAGUCGCGAGAUUAUAUGAAAGCGCCAGACAAGCCGCCUCCAGCGCCAAUCAGCUCGUCGCAUCGGCUCACAACGCGACGCAAUACAACACCAACAAGUAUUCACAGGAGGCCCUUCUCUCGGAAUGCUCCAUCCUCAGUUCCCAUAUUCCUAGAUUGUCGGAAGCGGGGAGCGUCUUCAGCGCCAGACCCCACAACCCAGCAGCACAUUUGGACUUGGUCACGGCCUCGGAGACUUUCUUACAGCCAAGUGGUCACGUGGCCCAAGCAUCUCGUGCCGUCCUGCCCACAGUGAGCGAGCCGUCCGCCAACAAGCAGUUGGCUGAUACCACGAACCAAUUCACGGCCAGCUGUGCGGAUCUUAGGUCAGCCGUGAGUCGGGCCCGUGCCUCGUGCCGUGGGCUGGAGCUAGAUGCCGCAGCGGAGAUUUUGAGAGAUCUCAAGGAGGAAUUGGACGAGAUGGAGAGGGCCUGUGCCGCGUUCCAGCUCGCCCCCUUGCCCCAGCAGACGGUGGAAUGGGCGUACUCCAACCUGCAAUCAUCCGGUCGCUCGGCGGCAUCGGCCAGCGCGGCUCUGAGCGCCGGGGCCAAGCGCCAGGACUCCGCCGGCUGCGGCAGAGCUGCGUUGGACCUGGCCUCGUCUCUGAGGCAUUUCGCGCCGCCCCUCAGAGCCGCUAUCGCGCACGCGCAUAAGGAACAACAACCCAGAGUUCUAGCGUCCGGUCGUCAAGUUGUGACCUCGUCUCUUACUCUUGUCGAAAAUGUGAAACGCUUCUUAAACAGCUCCGAAGAAGUGGAUUGUGCCAAUGUCGUCAAUAUGGCGAAGAAUGUCUCUCAGAGCGUCGAACUCACUCUAGAGUCUGUCCCGAGUCACGCAGAACUGGACUCGGCGAUGGAGGACAUCAAUCAGACGCUGCAUAUUCUUGACAUGGACGACCUGCCACGGACGGACAAGAGUUACAGCGAACUUCAAACGGAGUUGAACGCGGCGGCUGUGGGCCUCAGUACUGCAUCAUCGGACGUGGUCUCCUCCGUGGAACAGGGCACGCUGAGCGUCAGCGGAAGACACUUCGGGGAUGCCUUCAAUCGCCUCAUGGGAGUGUCUCUGGAGCUGGCCGGCCAGACCGAGGCUCGGGAAUCUCGCACUGAAAUGAUUCGUUCAAUGAAGACGGUGACCGUGAACUCGUCGAAACUCCUUGGGACUGCGAAGUCUGUCAGUCAGGACCUCACUCGUCCAAACGCGAAGAACCAGUUGGCGGCGGCCGCUCGUGCCGUCACAGAGAGCAUCAAUAAUUUGGUGGACGUGUGCACGGAGGCGGCCCCGGGUCAGAAGGAGUGUUCGGCUGCGAUCAGAAGCAUCCAGAGCACCAGGACCCUGCUGUCGCAGCCUUCGCAGCCUAUCAACGACAUGGGCUACUUUGCCUGCUUGGACGCGGUGGUCGAGCAGAGCAAGGCGUUGAGUGAAGGCAUGUCGGGGAUGGCGAGCUCCAUCAAAAAAAGCGAUACGACACAAUUCUCUCGAAGCGUAUCCGCUGCCGGUUUAGCCGUUCAGACGUUGGUCGAGUGUACCGCGCAGUCUGCGUAUUUGACCGCGGUGUCCGACGAGACGUCGGUAGCCGGUCGGGCCGGCCUGGUGGAUCAGGCGCAGUUCGCUCGGGCGGCCGCUGCCAUCGAACGGGCGUGUGCCACCCUCAGCGAUCCGAGGACUGAUCAGCAUCAGGUGCUGUCGGCCGCCACGGUGAUAGCGAAGCACACGAGCGCCCUCUGCAACGCGUGUCGCGUGGCCUCCGGCCGUUCCGCAGAACCGCAGAGCAAGAGGCACUUUGUGCAAGCGGCGAAGGACGUCGCCAAUUGCACUGCGGCUCUCGUGAAGGAGAUCAAGGCUUUGGAUUUGGAUUAUAGCGAGGCGAAUCGGGAAAGGUGCGCCCAAGCGACGAGUCCGUUGCAAGAGGCCGUGCGCAGCCUCUGUCAGUUCGCGGACAGUCCGGAGUUCGCAGCCGUUCCCGCCAGGAUCUCGCCUCAGGCCAGACUCAGCCAAGAGGCUAUUUUGGAUUGUGGCAGGAGCAUAAUAUCUGGAUCCUGCUCCAUGCUGGAAGCAGCCAGAGUGCUGGUGCUGGCACCAUCGGACCGACCCCAAUGGCAGGCCUUGGCCACUCACAGCAAAACUGUCUCAGACAGUAUCAAACUUUUAGUCACCAAUAUUCGUGAAAAGGCACCUGGGCAACGUGAAUGCGCACGCGCAUUGGAUACGCUGAACUCGCAACAGCGGGAACUGGACCAGGUUGCGAUACAGGCUGUUGGACAAGAGUUGAGGUCCAGGCAGGCUAAUACUCUGCAAGGCUACUGUGAACAAGUGGAGAACAGUGCAGCGGAAAUGCUGGAGAAGUUGGAACCGGUGAAGAUUGCAGCCACUUCUGAAGCGGAGAAUUUGGGGCACAGCGUCUUGCAAAUGGUAUCAUACGCCGAACCCCUUGUCUCCGCUGCUAGCGGGGCCGCGUCGAAUCUCACUGAAUCGGCCUCACAAUCCGGACUGUUACAACACACCAGGACGGUGUUGGAGACUCUGUCUCUGCUCGUUCACGCCGCUAAGCAGAGUGGAGGGAAUCCUAGGGCGAUAUCGGCUCAUAGCGAAGUCGAAGCGCAAUGCUCGCUUGCCCGAGCUGCUCUCAACGAGUUGAGUGGCCAAGUGAGGGAGUUGAGCACCCAAAGAGGUGCCGUUGGACCUCUGUUGGACUCUGUCGCACGGGCCGUGGCUAGACUCACUGAGCAUAGAAUGUCCCUCAUCGGUAGCUAUGACGAGACGGAAUCAUUCGUGGAUUACCAAACAAGAAUGGUUGCAGCCGCUAAGGAGAUUGCCAGACUGGCUUCCGAUAUGACGGCCAAGGCUGCCACAGAACCGGCUCGUUUAGUCGAACUCGGGAAUGAGAUGUGUCAGAAGUAUGAGAAGUUGGCGUCGGACAGUGUCGGAGCGUCGGCGACCACGCCCAACGCGGACGUGGCCAAUCGUAUUCGCGUGUGCGCCGUGGAAGUCGGUGAAGGUGUCUCCGAGCUGGUGAGGGCCGGUGGCCACUGCCGUCUCGCCGCCAUUUCCCAAAACCAACGGUCCGUCGCUGAUAACGCGAGAAAGUUGAAUGAGAAGGUGGUCUCGCUGUUGAGCGCACUUCAAGCGGGCUCCCGCGGCACUCAGGCCUGCAUCGACGCCGCGGCCACCAUCGCCACCAUCAUUGGCGAUUUGGACACCACCAUUUUGUUUGCGAGCGCUGGCACACUUCAGUCAGAGAAGGAAGGCGAUACAUUCUCAAACCAUCGGGAGAAUAUCCUGAAGACCGCGAAGACCCUGGUGGAAGAUACCAAGAGCCUGGUGGGUGGGGCCGGUGGAACACAGGAGCAGUUGGCUGCAGCUGCCCAGAGCGCUGUUGGGACUAUAAUGCAACUUUGCGAAGUGGUGAAGCAAGGGGCCAUGUCUCUCGGGGGCGGAAGUGCGGAGCCCCAAGUACUGGUCCUCCACGCUGCCAGAGACGCUGCAGCCGCGCUCCGGGAUCUGGCUGCCGCGACCGCUGCAGCCAGCGGCAAACACGUGCAGCAUCCAGACAUGGACCGCUUGAAGCACGCCGCCAAGCGCCUCUCAGACCCGAAGCGUUGGAGCCUCCCGAUCAAAACCAACACAAUCCCAAAAGCAAAGAGACGUUCCCUUAUAAAAGACUACAAUUCGUGCGAUUCUGAAACUGAUAUCUUCCAAUCUGAUCAGGAGGAUGAGCUGAUCAAGCUCUUGGACUAUUCCAGUCAAGAUGACGAUAUCUCACCCAGCAUUUUCCACGAUAGUUGCGAAGAACUAAUCACUUAUAUAGAGGAUUUAAUGACCCAGCCCAUUUCCAGAGAAAUAAAUGACGAUGUCAAUGCUAGAUACAAUAUAGCAGCCAAAAAUAGUCUAUUCGACAUGGACUGGAGGGUGCUUAAAUACGGGGAGGGUAUUUUCUUAGCAGAACUACGAAAAUUUAUCGAUGUAUGCGUAGAUGUUGCUAAAAAAGCUGAUAAUAGAAGGAAACGUAAUGCGAGGCAAUUCAAAGUUGUUUCAUCAGAUUUGGACAGUGAGAUGAAACGUCUGUCCCAAGUGGUCGAAGAUUUAGAUUGGCAAGACACUGUUAAUACAAAUUUGUCAAUAAAAAUAACCAAAAUUGAUAAACCAAAUUUAAAGAGUCCGGUUUUUAAACUCAAAAAAGUAAAACCAGUCAACUUAGUCGUUAACAUGGAAAAUAAAGAUGUUACAUCUAUAGAACCGUCGCAGAAUAGUCCUAAAACACCUGAAAGUGGACUUAAUACAAUUAAUAAGAAACAAUUUUGGAAUAUGUUCAAAGAUGAUACAGAAUGGUGGAAGGCGUUAGCGCAAAGAAAUUUAGAAAGAAUGGAAGAAACGAGACUGGAAUUGGAGAGAUUUAGUGGACACGAACUCGUUUUAGGUGAAAUAAAAACAGAAAUUGAUAAAUACGAGAAAGAGAAACAUACUCUGCGUAGUUUUAUCGAAGAAGUUGAUCUAUCAAAGACGAUUAAUAAAGAUUUAGAAUAUAACAAAAAGUAUGAAGAUAUAGUUUUAAAAUUAAUCGAUUUUGCCAAACGAGACUUCAAUUACAAAGGAUUUGAUCCACUGAUUUUGAAACUAAAGGCGUUAUCAAAUAUAGAAAUAGAAAGAAAGCAAAAAGACUUGGAUAUCUACACAAAGAUAGAUAUAUCAAAGUCUACGUAUGAAGAAUUGUGUCUACUAGAGAGAUACUAUAACAAGAUUAUCAGAACAUAUAUUCCCAACGUAACAAAUGAAGGUCGAAAUAACAAAAACAUCGAAAUAUAUGACAUAACACGAACGUACCCGAAACAGUACUAUGCCAACAAUUGGUGGACGAUAUAUGAAGAUGUGAUAAAAAAUCGGGAAAAACAAUUCGGCAGUUUGGAUGGCUGGUGGGAUUUCUACGAGUCCAUGAUGAAUAGGAAAGAUAUGAAAGAGGUAGUCAAGGAACGCCAAAGGCCGAAGAGUCGUAUGGAGGAACAGCUAAAAAUUCUUGAUGAAGUGGAUAAUACGAGGUUUCGGGAGACGGAAGCGGUUGAGAACAGUGGCAAUGAAUCGGUUAUGGUGACAAAUGUGACGUCACUGCUGAAGACUGUUAAAGCUGUUGAAGAUGAACAUACAAGAGGCACAAGAGCCCUGGAAUCCACGAUUGAGGCUAUAUCACAGGAAAUCGAGGUCCUAAUGUCCCCAUCGCCCCCCAAAAGCACGGGAUCACCUGAAGAGCUGGUCCGUUGCACUCGGCUGAUGACAGCUGCGACGGCCAGAGCUGUGGCAGCUGGUGGCAUCGCUGGAGCAACGGGGCAAGAGCAGUUGACUGCGGCCGCUAAUCUGGGACGGAAGACUGUUCUGGAUAUGAUGGCUGCUGCAAAGAGCGCAGCCCAUUCAGCAGAAAGUGAAGAGCUGAAACAGCGUACCUUAGAAGCGACUCGAGUCGCAGCAGAGUCCUAUCGAUCUCUGCUUAGCGCUUUGCUAUCUGCGCCCGCGUCGCGUCAUGCAUUGCCGGAGUUAUCUCGGAACGUUGCCCAUGCAGUCGCCGAUAUGCUGGCGGCCGCUGAUUUGCUUAAAGGUUCGGACUGGGUGGAUCCAGCUGACCCAACAGUCAUAGCGGAACAGGAGCUGCUGGGCGCCGCUGCCUCCAUCGAUGCCGCGGCGAGGAAGCUGGAGAAACUUAGACCUAGAAUGCAACAGGCUCAGGAGACUGAUGAAAACCUCAACUUUGACGAGAUGAUCCUGGAAGCUGCAAAAUCUAUUAUAGCAGCAACAUCGGCUCUCGUCAGAGCGGCAUCAGCAGCUCAGAGAGAGCUCAUCGAUCAGGGAAAAGUCGCUCGACGCCCGACGUCGUCGUCAGACGACGGGCAGUGGUCCGAGGGACUCGUGUCCGCUGCGCGAUUGGUAGCAGCCGCUGCGCACGCGCUCGUCGAAGCAGCGAACGCGCUCGUACAGGGUGCUGCGUCCGAGGAGAGGUUGAUUUCUAGCGCGCGACAGGUGGCCUCUUCGACGGCCCAACUUUUAGUCGCUUGUAAGGUAAAGGCCGAUCCCACAUCGGAAUCCACUCGACGCCUGCAAGCAGCGGGCGCAGAGGUCAUCCGGUCUACGGAUGGCUUGGUGCGAGCGGCCAGAGACGCUAUCCAUUGCGACGACGAACGGAGUCUGGUGCUCAACAGAAGAAUGGUGGGGGGCAUCGCGCAAGAGAUCGAUGCUAGAUCCGAAGUCCUUCGCAUAGAGAAGGAGCUGGAGGAGGCCCGCGGACGUCUCACGGCGAUAAGACAGGCGAAGUACAAACUGCGUGGAGACACGUCCGGGGACGACACGGACACGGACGGACAAGACGUGCAACAUAGAUUCAAAUCGCCAACCAGUAGUUUCGCGAACACCACUUACAGUCCAAAUAGCACAUACACAACGCAGAACACCACACAGAAUCUAACACAGAACACAAGUGUGACACACAAUACGACACACAACCUUUCGCCCGUAUACUCGCCCGGGUAUAACGGGUUCAAGGACAAGGGCGACAAGAGUCCGUCCUUUUCGAGUUUUCGUCCGGACGAAACUCCGAAGCAGAAUUAUGAGGGAUUUACAACUCGAGAAAAAACUACGAACCUUAAUGACAGAACGAUGAGAAACGAGUAA